AAGGGCCUGAAGCAGUGCCUGUCCGAAUUCAAGCAGCAGCUGGCUUGGGUGGAAAGGCUGGAUGUGACUUUGGGCCAGGUCGUGGACCCUGUCUCACCGAGUGCUUCUAACAAAGAUGCUGUUGAUCCCGAGAACGAUUUCCAGAGAGAGAUGAGCUUUUACCGGCAGGCUCAGGCAGCGGUCCUGGAAGCACUACCUAGGUUGCGUAAGCUCCAAAUUCCUACCAGAAGGCCGGAUGAUUACUUUGCAGAGAUGGCCAAGUCAGACCAACAGAUGCAGAAGAUUCGACAGAAACUUAAGAGUAAACAGGAAGCAAUGGAGAGGUCUGAGAAAGCAAAGCAGCUCCGUGCAAUGAGGAAAUAUGGCAAGAAGGUGCAAACUGAGAUUCUGCAGAGGAGACAAAAGGAGAAAAAAAAUAUGUUGAAUGCAGUCAAGAAAUACCAGAAAGGCCUCUCUGACAAGCUGGAUUUUCUAGAUGAAGAACAGACGUCGUCUCAGGGCAAUAAAAAAGGCAAUGCAGGUCAACGGAUGAAAAAGGGACCGAAUGCCAAAAGACGAUACAAGAACCAGAAGUUCGGUUUUGGUGGGAAGAAGAAGGGCUCAAAGUGGAACACAAAAGAGAGUUUUAAUGAUGUAUCCAGCUUCCGGUCAAAAGUGGCUCACAACAAAGGCCCAGGAAAAGGAGGGAAAAAAGCCCUCAAUAAGAGACCUGGAAAAAGAGCAAGGCAGAAAAUGAAGAGCCGAGCACGCUAAGAGAACCGUGUGCCCCAGUGGGGUUCCUUUGUUUCUUUGUGUCGCAAGAUGGGUUUCUGCUGUCAUCAAGCAGCUAACUGUGGAGCAAGCUGUAUGUUUCCGAGUGGCAAGAAAAAAGUCAGUGGAAACUAGUGCCUUAUCACUAAUUUCUUCCUACUGUCUAUUUUGUUGAAGGAUUGUUUUCUACUUAAACCUUUGCUGUGUGAAUGUAUUAAACUGUUUGCACAGAA